UUCGGAUCAAAUGGACGAUUCAAUAGAUACAAGUGUGUUGAACGAAGGAAUGAUAUUCUACUAUAAUGAUGAAUCUGACGAUGACGACUCUUGUUUAACACAGUUCAGAUUCUUUCCCCCGGUUGCUACGAGGAUGAACACAAAAGAGACUGAUGGGGAUGCAAAGAAAGAACAAACGGCUAACGAUACACCCAUGCAGCAACGCAAAAUAUACGAUUAUGAAGCUUUAGAUAAGCAGACUUGGGGAGGGUGGAGAAGAGAAAAUAUUGUCUGCGAUCAGGAAAUAAUUGUAAACUCAAAUACAGAGCUAUCAGAAGACGACGAGGGAUAUAAGAAACCAGAUAAGAACAGAUCGUGUGAAGAAACAGAACUAAUCUCUGAAGAGUUACUUUCUGAGGAUGUUGGUAUUGAUAACUACUCUCCCAGUCAUACUUCCCAUACAAGUAGUUCUUUUUGCGAUAAUCCUUUCCUGAUUGUCUUCACGAGUCACAAUCAUCGGAUUCAGACUCGUCAUCAUACCCGUCAUCACCGAUCCACGUCUCCUCGUGACCCUGAACGCGAUAUUCCGGCAAUGAGCGAAGAGAUACGACGGGGCGAUGUAUAG